AUGCCGCGAAAAACUACUCGGAACAGCAAAAUGGAGAACAAAUCGGUCGUCCUGCACAAGAAACUGCGCGAACUUGAAACCGAACUCGCUGACUUGGUCCCUUACGGCGGCGGCGGCGGCGGGUCGAGUUCCGAUUCGAUCUCGUAUCCUAGGAGUUUUCCUGGGGAGGAGGCGGUGGAGGAGUUGUUCAGUGGUGCGGAGGAGGAUGCGGCUGUGCGGAAGGAAAAGGCGGCGGCGGUGAAGGUGGCGGCGGAGGAGAAGGCGUGGAGGAGAGUGGGGAAGUACGGCGGCGUGUUUGGGUGCGGAGUGAUUGUGGGGGCCAUUUGCGUGAUGGAGUGGUUUUUUGCUGCUAUUGCGCCUCAGUUAAUGGAAUAUGAGGCUCUUCUUCUUCCUCCCACUUAGAGUGGAAACCUUUUCUUUAUUGUUGGAUUUGUAGUGUUGAGUACUAUUUGGUAUUGUUAUUUGUGAUUAAACACUUGAUUGUAAUUUGAUGAUGUGGAGAAG